ACAAAAUGGAGGCCUCACAAUUAGUGACAGUCCAAAAUAUCAGUACCUAAUCAGGUAAGUUGUGGUAACAAUGGCAGAGUAUGUAGGCAGAGCAAUUUUGUCUCAAUAUUCAUCAAGCCAACCACUGUGCCACCAUGGCCGCAUUUAUCAAUAACUAAAUUUUAAGUUCAUAAGACACAUCACUACAUCAUAGUAUCAGUAGUUUACACCAAAAAUUGAAAAGCAAUGAGUUACAUAGGAGAACAAGGUGAUGACGUCCAACAAAGAAGUUACUGGAGAUGGAACAAAGAUGAUUUCUUACCAGAAGAAUCAUUCCAAACCUGGAGCACCUAUCGAUCAGCACUAUCGCAAAUAGGUUUCCGAUUCAAGGACCGCCUUGUGAGCCGCUCUGAUGAUGCCAAUGAGAUAACAGAACUUCGAAAACAAAGUGAGAAUGACAUGAAACGUUGCCUCACCUGGUGGGAUCUUACAUGGUUUGGAUUUGGGUCGGUCAUUGGAGCAGGCAUCUUUGUACUCACUGGCAAAGAAGCUCAUUAUCAUGCUGGACCAGCCAUUGUCUUGUCUUAUGUUGCCUCAGGUAUUUCAGCAAUGCUUUCUGUAUUCUGCUAUACAGAGUUUGCAGUAGAGAUCCCAGUGGCAGGCGGAUCAUUUGCUUAUUUAAGAAUUGAAUUAGGAGAUUUUGUGGCGUUCAUCACAGCUGGAAACAUACUUCUUGAAAGCAUUGUUGGAAGUGCAGCAGUUGCCAGAGCAUGGACUUCUUACUUCACCACUCUCUUAAACCGUCAACCUAACUCACUACGUAUCCAUACAAAUCUCAGCAAAGGAUAUAAUCUCUUGGACCCAAUUUCAGUUGCAGUUUUGGCAAUUUCUGCAAUCAUUGCAAUGAUCAGCACAAAGAAAACUUCACAAUUCAAUUGGAUAGCAACUGCACUGAAUACUGUGGUGAUCUUGUUUGUGAUAAUUGCAGGGUUUGCUCAUGCCAACACAUCAAAUUUGACGCCUUUUUUGCCGAAAGGAGCCAAAGGGAUCUUCCAAGCAGCUGCUAUUGUUUACUUUGCUUAUGGGGGAUUCGAUAACAUUGCCACCAUGGCUGAAGAAACAAAAAACCCAUCAAGAGACAUACCAUUAGGAUUACUUGGAUCGAUGUCUAUCAUCUCUGUUAUAUAUUGCUUGAUGGCACUUUCCUUAAGUAUGAUGCAGAAAUACACAGAGAUAGAUCCAAACGCCGCCUAUUCUAUGGCAUUUCAGAGUGUAGGAAUGAGAUGGGCUAAGUACCUAGUAGCUGUUGGUGCCCUUAAGGGGAUGACCACUGUCCUUCUGGCAGGGGCACUUGGGCAGGCACGAUAUACUACUCAUAUUGCACGAGCACACAUGAUUCCACCCUGGUUUGCACUUGUCCAUCCAAAGACUCGAACACCAAUAAAUGCCACGCUUUUGAUAGCUAUUCCAAGUGGUCUCAUUGCUUUCUUUUCAAGCUUGGAUAUCUUAGCAAGCUUGCUAUCUGUGAGCACUCUAUUCAUAUUCAUGAUGAUGGCUGUAGCACUUCUUGUGAGGAGAUACUAUGUGAGGGAAGUCACACCCGGAAACCUCCUGAAGCUUGUAAUAUUCUUGCUGAUUAUUAUUGCUUCCUCAAUGGGAACUUCAGCCUACUGGGGACUAAGGCCUAAUGGAUGGGUGGGAUACAUUGUAACAAUUCCACUUUGGUUCCUGGGGACUAUGGGAAUAUCAAUACUUCUGCCCCAGCAGAGGACACCAAAAGUUUGGGGGGUCCCACUGGUUCCAUGGUUUCCGUCAUUGUCAAUUGCAACAAAUAUCUUCCUGAUGGGGUCUUUGGAACCUCAAGCUUUUAUAAGGUUUGGAAUCUGUACAGGGGUAAUGCUGGUUUACUACAUUUUCGUUGGUCUUCAUGCAACUUAUGAUAUGGCCCAUCGACAACAAAAGCUAGAGGCCCUGAAGGUUAAGAAUGAAGAUGGAGGGAAAGCAUAGGCUUAGUUUAUCGUGUUCCACCAUCCA